CACCUUUUUGGAAAUUGCCCUACAGUUUGGGGGAAUUGCCCUAGACUAGAUCGAGCCUCCCCAAAUCUUAAAAGGAAUUUGGAUACCUCAAAGUUAGCUCCCCCCCCCACCAUACCACACACUUAAGCCACCUACCCCAGGAAAUUUCUCCAAAGUGAUUUGAGUCCUGAAUUGAUCUUUUCAUAACCAUAGAAUAUACUUAAAGUUUUCCUGCCUUUUUGGAAGCCAGCCAAAAGUAUUGCUGCUCUUGAAAUCUCAGUUUAUUAGAUUCCUCCCUCAAUUCCUGUGGUGCAGUCUGGAAUCCCCACUUAUUAGAAGGCAAUAGACCCCGCCCCCCCUCUGUACUUUGAAGUGCACUUGCAAAAUUUAUUACUGCUUCCCCCCCCCCCAUCUCUGCUUAAAUUUGUUCCUCCUAUAGUUGCAGCUCUCAUCAUUGUUCAUGUCCACAGGGGGUCCCCAAUUUUUGCAACCCUCUUGCAAGAAAAAGACCGGGUCCCCCAUGACAUUUCUAUAGAGAUCAGUAUUUGUAUUAGUUCUUAAGAUAAAUUACAAGUUUCCAAAUCACAAUUAAAAUCGGAGUACCCCUCUGCCUUCUGUUAAAUACUGCUAAAAAUCCCAGUCGCAGAGGUUCCUGAUUUAAACGCCAGUGAUUUCCCCAGCAUCCCGAACUGACUCAGAGCUUUCCCCUUUAACAUCUUCAAUAUCUUCCACCACCCAAAUCGACCUUGAAAUUGACCUCUCACAAAUUAUUCCUCACUUGAUGCCCUAAAGAGCAUCAAGUGGUGCCAUAAAGAGCUCUGGGUCUCUAUAGAUACAAUAUAUAGCGUCCUUCUGUCUCCCAGACCAGAGAGCGUUGGAUUGGUUACCUAGUUUUCUGUAGUACCUCUGUUUUUAUUAAGUCUUUCUCUCACACACGGAAAUCGUGGCUCAAAGGAGCCUCAUAUUUAGCGCUCAAGUCCUUCUCAGCUUCACACCCACAAAAUUCUCCCCACUUGUAGACUCCCACAUUCUUUGCACGCAUGUUCAUUUGAAUCUAAGAGUACCUCACAGAUCCGAUUCCUCCUCCCGAAUCUAAAAUCUGUAUCCCUUUCACCUCCAAAUUGGUCCAAUGGCUUUUCAGGACCCCAAUCACCCCCUGCAAACCCAGCUUUGUAGCAAUGUUUUUGGGGCCCUGACUGGGUUGAUACAACCCCCUCUAGCUGCUGGGCUAGGUGGGGGGCAGAAGUUCUAUUGCAAUAAUGGGGUACAGAUAGCCUCCCCUCAGCAACAGCAGACGGCCCCUAGCGCUGCAGUGAUGGUGGAGCCUGAACCAGACCGGCCUAUUGGUUAUGGAGCCUUUGGCGUGGUUUGGUCAGUGACAGAUCCUCGAGAUGGGUCACGAGUUGCACUCAAAAAGAUGCCCAACGUUUUCCAGAACCUAGUCUCUUGCAAACGGGUCUUCAGAGAGCUGAAAAUGCUCUGCUAUUUCAAGCACGACAACGUCCUUUCAGCACUGGACAUUCUCCAGCCUCCACAAAUUGACUGUUUUGAGGAAAUUUAUGUCAUCACAGAGUUGAUGCAAAGUGACCUUCACAAAGUCAUUGUGUCUCCACAACCACUCAGCGCUGAUCACAUCAAAGUCUUUCUCUAUCAAAUCCUCAGGGGGCUGAAAUAUUUGCACUCUGCCGGUGUUCUUCACCGGGACAUCAAGCCUGGGAACUUGCUAGUCAACAGCAACUGUGUCCUCAAGAUCUGUGACUUUGGUUUGGCCCGGGUAGAGGAGCCGGAUGAAUCCCAGCACAUGACUCAAGAGGUGGUUACUCAGUAUUACCGGGCCCCGGAGAUCCUGAUGGGCACCAGGCACUAUGGGCGCCCAAUUGACAUUUGGUCUGUAGGCUGCAUCUUUGCUGAGCUCCUGGGCAGGCGAAUCCUCUUCCAGGCCCAAAGUCCCAUUCAGCAGUUGGAUCUAAUUACGGAUCUCCUGGGGACUCCUCCAGUGGCUGCCCUCCAUUCGGCCUGCGAGGGGGCCCGAGCUCACAUACUGCGUGGCAAUCACAAACCACCAUCACUCUCUGUCCUUUACAUGCUCUCGGGAGAAGCCACCCAUGAAGCCAUCCAUCUGCUGUGCCGGAUGUUGGUCUUUGACCCGGCCAAAAGGAUAUCUGCCAAGGAUGCUCUCUCUCACCCCUACCUGGAUGAGGGCCGGCUGCGUUACCACACAUGCAUGUGCACCUGCUGUUUCUCCGUCUCCUCGGGCCGCGUCUACACCAGUGACUUUGAGCCCCGGGCAGACCCAAAGUUUGAUGGCUCUUAUGAGAAGAAUCUCACAUCAGUCUGGCAGGUCAAAGAACUGGUGCACAGGUUUAUCUUGGAUCAGCAGCGGGGUAAACGUGUCCCUCUCUGUAUCAAUCCGCAGUCGGCUGCCUUCAAAACCUUCAUCCGCUCUACAGCGUGGCAUUCCUCCAAAGUGUCCAAAAAAGAGGAGAGAUGAAGAUGUUAAUGGGACGGGGUGGUGAAAUAGAAAAGGGAAAGGAAAAAAAAACGAGGGAAGAAGCUGAAUGAGACAACUUUCCCACUGGACGCACACAGAGAAAUACAGAGAGAGAAAGAAGAAGAAAAGUGAACGCCGCUCUUCUUAAUCCUGCACUCUUGAAUACUUUGACUCAUGGACAAACAUUAGGGGUGUGGGGAGAAUAUUUGUCUUUUUUAUUAUUAUUUUUGGGUGGGUGGGAAAGGUUUUUUUUUUGCCUUGAUUGAUGUCUUUUCCACUCUACUGUUCUGCACUGGAAGAUCCUUUAGAUUGUAGGUGUCCCCUCGUGCAACCCCUUCCCACCCACCCCAAAUAUCUGCACUGUUGCUUGAUGCGCCUGUCCUUGUUCUCACAAACCAAUCCUUCCCUCUAUGAUCCCGCAUCUGGGGUUGGGACUUGUCAACCCUGUUGGGUUUGCCCUGAUGGAGGUGGGGAAAGGGGGUUCCUUUUCCUGAAAAAAAAACAAACCACUUUGCCUAUUUCUUUUUGCUCCAAAUUUCAUAAUCUCCCCACUUUUUGCUCUUGUCAGCUUUAGGGUCACUUAGUCUACCACUUAUUCACCCAGCUGUACCUCUUCUCCCCUUCACAAAGGCCUUUUGAAAGAAGUAGGUGUGUUAUUUCCCGAGAUGCCUAAAAGAACACAUUGGAGGAUAGACUUAUUUCCUAGAUAGCUACACAUAUUAGAUGUUUCUCACUGAGAAACAUCUCUCACCCUCACUGUUCGCAACGAAUCUUCUGCCACUUCUUAAGUGAGAUGUUGGGCCUAAUUAAACAUCAUGUGGUGCACACAUGUAACAAAACCCCAGCAAUCUUUUGAACAGAGAGAGAAAAGCAAUUUUGAAUGGUGCACUUCGAAGCAGAGAAGGGGCCAUGCGGAACUGUUUCCCUGCCCACUGCUUUUCUGCUCCAAAUGCCGCCUCCCAUGCUCAUCAUUUUCUACCUGAAGGGUUCCAAACACCUUUGUUUACCUUGGCAAACUUGCAGUUUGAAACAAAUGACAGAUGGGGCAAAGCAGGUUGGGCAAUUAGAAGCAGAGAAGUACUAAGUGGGGAAAGGGUUAACCUGCCCAUUCCCUCCCACAUAUUUCUGUGCUCCAAAUUUACGCCCAAAUAAUGAGACUUUUAAAAAAAAUCAUCAGAGGUUUCUACACAAGCCACAUGGUCUGAAAUUAACAUUCAUUCAUUCAGUUUUAUGUAGAUGACACUGUUGCUAACCAAUAUUUUCUGUGUAGUUUUUCUUUUUUCAUAAAGCAUCCAACUGAUCUUUUGUGGACUGACACAGUGGCAUUGAAACUUCCAAGGGCUACUGUCCCUCUAAAUUUUCCUCCUACUUCUCGCUGUUGUUUCUUCCUCUCAGCUCAAUUCCCAUUCAUUUGCAGUGGCUGUAGCAUUCUCAAAUUGUAUCCUUAUUCAGUUCAUGUUCCAGGAAAGGAUGGGUGGGUGGGGCAGAUGCCCUUUAAUUGCUGUUUGCCUCUUUGUGGCCAAAGUGAUUGUCCAUUUUCCCCUUUUGUUUCAUGGCCAUAAUUCUGCAAUUGCAAUCAUUAACAAAAUGGCUCUGAAGAGAAAAAGGUAGCAGCAAUUAACCAACUGCCAACUGUCCUUGAACUAGAAGUGUUCAAGAAACAAUACAGAACAAAGGAGUAAAAUUGUAAAGAGACAGUUGAGAGGUGAAACAGUACCUCUCAAUGGGGCUAUGGAAUCACGCCCCUCAUAACAGACAUUGCUGGAUUGUUACUGGGAAUGACACCUGCUGUAUGCAACUGGUUACGGGAAAGGACUAGUUAAGCUGCGCAGAAGGUCCUAGUACACAAGCAGCCAGGGUUUAGUCACACUCAUUUUCAUGUUGUAUUUAGUUAUGCCCUUACUCCGCCAAUGGAGUACUCUGUAAUUUCCCUCCCUUCUGCGGCUCCUCAAUUUACAGCCAGAUAAGCCUCUCCUAUCCUUCCUAACCCGCCUUUUUAUAAUCUAUUCCUUAAUUGUUUUUACACCCCUUCAAAAAUCUACCUCUUUUUUCCUUGUGUUUUUGUGUAUACUUUUGUUGUUUUGUGUUUUCUUGGUGGCUUUGUGUUUUUUUUGUUUUUGCUGGUGGGUAUUUUCAUUUUGUCCGAUUCCUUUAUUUAUGAUCCCAGCAGUGUUCAUAACCUCGUUUGAAUCCUGAGUGUGUGUAUAUAUGCAUAUAUAAAUAUAUAUAUUUUCCCCCUUUCCCUAAAAAAUUGGGGAGGGGGGGACCUGGAAACUUGAACUGUCCUGGCUGUAAUAGUUUUUCCACCCCUAAUUUAAUUGUUCUCCAUGGUAGCUGAAUUAAAUUUAUGCUGUGUAUUUUC